AUUAAGUAUCGAAGCACUGAACACUGGGGUGAUGCCGUGCGACGCUCACCAGAAGACACCAAAAGUAUCAACACGCACCAAGUAGAUGUUAACAUCCGUGCCUUUUCCAUGACUCCUAUAAAACGUGCCAUAACGUCCAGUCAGCUGUGAUAUUAUAAGGGGAAAAGAGCCGGGGGUGUGUCCACAAGUACGAAAGACUAUUUGGUUUUUCAUUAAUCUUAACCUCAUAAACGAAGACUUGAAGAAACGAGGAUGUCAACUUGCACGAACGACGAUACCUCAGUACUGCACAUGCAGGAGGCCCUGUCACCGGUGCACGAGAGCCCGAUAUCACCAGCUUCCUCAUGCCUCAGCAGCCAGAAUCAAAACGAUAACGAUCAGGUUUUACUCGCAACAAUGCAACCAGUCAGUGUUAUCGAUCUCCAUGAGAGCGAUCAUACGCUUCAUCACAAGUACAAUAAUCAUCAUGGUGCGCGUCAUCAGAGUAAUCAUCAUGACGACGAGAUACAGAGAGAUGAUGAUGCUAAUGGGCGCGUAAGUCCAGAAGGCAAUCCAACGAAUUUGGGCCACAAGAUGAUUGAUCUCAUUUACAAUGAUGGACAGAAGACAGUAAUGUACACACACGACAAGGAGAUUAUUUACGAGAGCGAGGCUGAUCGGGUUCAGGUGGUGGAGUAUCCACCACCACCACCAUCACCAUCGCCACCACCAACACCACAGGGUGUACGGGCAAGUCUCAUCGGUGCGUCUCGUCAUCAGACACCAACAACUCUUCAUCUUCAUCAUUAUCCUGGUCUUCAGCUGCAGCAUGAUGAUGAUUUACCAAGGGGUGUAGGUGCUUCGGUACCUUCCAACACCACCACCACUGUUCUUGUUCUCUCGGAACUCGUCGCUGCUGAUCCUACCGCUGGAGGAGCUGGACUUGGACUUGGAUCUGCAUCCUCACUCAUACGCUCUGGAAGACGCAGCCGUUCAUCAUCGGAUUGCGAGUCAAAUGUUGUAUCCUCGGUGGAUCAGAAUUACGGUGGUGUAACAGGGCGUGAGGUAUCAGUAGCGGAGGAGGAUCAGGAUCCUCAGCAUCAGGGAGUGCAGCAGAGUGAGGAGGACUCGGAGGAGGCACAGAAGCGGGUUGCGGCCGUGCAGGUGCAGGUGCAGGGUAUGGAGGGCGAUUGGAGGGCAUACUGCGAGCAUCCACUGUCGGUAGCAACCGCGGCGAUGCUCAAUCUCCAGCAGCAGCACCAAGUUACUGCUGUUGCUGGACAUCCCGAUGAACAGACCGUUCCUUAUGUCUACGAGUACUACAAACUCCCGGACAAAUCGACUGAUGUCAAAUUGCCACCAUCCCACGAGCUCUGGACAACGGGUGUAAUGGGCCAGAAGCUGCUUGUGCAAGAGAGCUCAUCAAAUCGACUAGAGAAUACCGGAGGUGAGACAACAGGUAGUGGUGAGCUUCAUCACUUCCUGCAUCAGUACAAUCAGCAAUCACCGAGUCCAAAUCAAAGUCUUCAGGGCAAUGGUGGCAGUCUGCCACUUCCUCUGAGUCCACAAUCGUUGCGUCAUGAUGGCAGCACAGGGUCCAGUGGUUUGACUGGGGUCAAGAGAGAACCUGAGGAUUUGAGCUCGUCACGUGGUGCUCAGCAAUCCAGUAAAAGACACAAACAGGCACAACCGGAUAGCCCGACCCCACCUGGAAUGUACCAUCAUCAUCAGCAUCAGCUACAGGUUCAGCAAUACGGAAGUCCGUACGACCCGUACUCGUCGUGCAGUCCUCGUCUCCAAUCAAGCUACGGUACAUCAACAUCAACGAGUGGAAAUGGCAGCAGCACCCAGGGUAGCCUCCACCAGGAGAGUGCAGCUGUCUACGUAACGGGAGAUACACUACCACCUCUAGCAUCAUCAAGCUCUUCAGCAUUACCCACGACGACAUCGUCCUACACGAGGUACGAAGUUGUCCCCAGCUCUUACGCUACGACGCACGCGAUAAGAUCAUCAUCCAGCAGCAGCAAAGUACUGACAGUAGAUCUGCCAAGUCCGGAUUCUGGAAUUGGUGCUGACGCUGUCACACCGAGACAGGAUCAUCAUCCACCAACGGCCCUCCAUCAGUCAUCAUUCGAUUACACAGAACUCUGUCCUGGCGGCACGACGAGCAGUACAGCUGUUGUUCUUGAGAGUGGUGCUGUCAUUCAUCAUCAGCCUCUUCAAUUGCAACUUCAGCAGAGCCACACGCAGAAUCAAGUCCCCAGGAGUCUCGUUGGCGCUGGCACACCCAAUCCUAGUGCAACACCAACACCACCAAGAUCACGACCCUGGCAUGAUUUUGGCAGGCAGAAUGAUGCAGAUAAAAUUCAAAUACCAAAAAUAUACUCUGCGUACGGAUUUAAGUAUCACUUGGAGUCGCCGAUCAGCACAUCGCAAAGACGAGAGGAUGACAGAAUAACGUACAUCAAUAAAGGUCAAUUUUAUGGAAUUACGUUGGAUUAUGUACCAGACCCGGAUAAACCUCUACUCAAGGCCGGCCAGACCGUAAAGAGUGUAGUAAUGCUCAUGUUUCGCGAGGAGAAGAGCCCCGAGGAUGAGAUAAAAGCCUGGCAAUUCUGGCACGGCAGACAGCACUCGGUGAAGCAACGAAUUCUCGAUGCAGAUACGAAAAACAGCGUUGGACUCGUUGGGUGUAUCGAGGAAGUCGCUCAUAAUGCCAUUGCUGUUUAUUGGAAUCCAUUGGAAUCAUCUGCAAAGAUUAAUGUAGCUGUACAGUGUCUCAGUACUGAUUUCUCGAGUCAAAAGGGAGUCAAGGGAUUGCCCCUUCAUAUUCAAGUUGACACGUAUGAGGAACCACCAACACCCCACAACCAUGGCUAUACAGCACCCUCACACAGGGGUUACUGUCAAAUCAAAGUCUUUUGCGAUAAGGGUGCCGAGCGAAAAACAAGGGACGAGGAGAGACGAGCAGCCAAAAGGAAGAUGACGGUAACCGGAAGGAAGAAACUUGACGAGAUGUUCCACUCGGUGACUGAACGAAGCGAAUUCUAUACGAUGGCAGAUUUGCAUAAGCCCCCAGUGCUAUUUUCACCGCCCGCUGAGCAUUCGAUUGAUAAGUUUUCAACAAUGGAGCUCUCCGGUUUCUACGGUGGUGGAAACGGAGGUGGUGACACAGACACAUCAUCGCUGUCAAACGGUGAAGGUGGUGGAAUAAAAACAGGGGCAAGUAGUCCGUACCCGGGCUGUGGUCGUCCAAGCCUGCCAGCUCUAAAAUUCCACAAUCACUUUCCCCCGGACAACCUGACAACUCUCCACGACAAAAAAGACUCCCUCCUGAUGCAGGUCCAAGAGCUCCAGGGCUCUGUUCUCCAGAGUGUUCCCCAGGGGGUCCUGACAGCUGGUGCUCUGGUAUCAGGUGUAGGAAAUCGCCUUCACCUUCAGCACCAGCAACCGACCAAUCACCUACGCACAUCGGACGGUGAGGAUCGCGUUAUGCUGUACGUCAGACAGGAAUCCGAGGACGUAUACACACCCCUGCACGUGGCCCCACCGACAGUCCAGGGACUGCUCAACGCUAUUGAGUCAAAGUACAAAAUUGCAUCCUCGAGUAUUAAUAAUCUCUAUCGCAAAAACACAAAGGGAAUUACAGCGAAAAUUGAUGACGAUAUGAUACGUUAUUACGUCGAUGAGGAUCUGUUUCUUCUUGAAGUGAGUCACUCGCCUAAUCAGGAGCACGAUAGGAAUCCGAGUAAUCCAGGAUCACCAGGGGAUCCUGACGAUCCCAACGAGUCGACGUCGAUGGGGUAUGAUGUGACGCUCAUCGAAUUACCACCGGUACAGUCGCAAUUGCCACCGCCCCCAUCGCCCAUUUCAGUUAGUCAUGGGAAUCCCCAUGUUCACGUUCAUGGACACAACCCACACAUCCACGAGGUGACGAAUACGUGAAUUCCGGGAUGGUGAAGGAUUUUUUUUCUUUUUUUUUUUUGUAAAUAAACAGGCCAUCUGAACAGGUAGCAAUUGACCAAGUUCGAUGAGUAGAUACUUAUGCUACUUAUCAAGUUUUGUGGUUAUCAUGUUAUGAUUAACGUUUUUGUUCGUUGUUGAAUGUAUGUUAUCUUCAUAGUUGACUGUUGAGCAUUCCUUUUUGGUGUAAUAUCAAUUUACAUAUGGAAAUAUCUGAUAAAUUUCUUCAGGGAAUUCUGUGGGAACUCUAGAAUUUUUCUAUUCAAAUACUCGAUCUAUUCUUCUUCAAUUUUCAAUUUAUUAAGACAGAAUCACUAAAGACUCAUCGGGACAAUUUAUUGAACCGAAAUUCAAUAUUCUAUUUUGAAAAUGAAGAAUUUUUAAUUUUUUUCAACCUCCGUAAAUCAUCAUUCAAAUAAUUGUACAAAUUUUUUAUACUCAAUUUGUGUUUUACGCCAAUUUUUAUUAUUAAUAAUUAUACAAUUCUUCCAUCCGUUUUUGAAUGGACUUUUGUUUGCAGAAAUGCGUCUGCAGAUGUUGAUUUUUCUAUUUAAAAUUUAGGGCAUAAAUUUUCAAAGUUUUUUUUUCAGUUUAAUUAUAAGAUAAAAAUUGAAAUAUAGCGGAGAAAAAACUUGAAAAAUUUACACCCACGAAUUUCUGUACAUACAUCAGAACUUAUGGUUUUUGUUCUAUAAAAAAUCUCUCGAUAAAAUAUUAUGAUCAAAUAAAUAAAGUCAUCUAGAAUUCUUAUAGAGUUUCAAUAGAAAUUUAAGAAAAUUUCGUGAGGAGACCACUCAGAUUUUCAAAUAAACUUCUUCAUAGGCGUUAUCACGGGAUUGUCUGAGAGUAUAGUAAUGAUUGAGAGGAAAUGAUAGUAAUCAGGGGUUUGAGUGCCGUUUUAGGCAUGCGAUUGUUAGCCGUUGAAAACGACUAAUCGAAAUCGUAGAUAGGAAUUGAGGAAAAGUGGUGCAAAAUUAUUUUUCAUAUAAAUAUUCCCGUCCUCCAUAACUCGAGACGACUGACAACUCGACAUAUCGAGAAUUUUAAUUAGUUUGAAAAGAAAAAUAGUAUUGGCAAAAUGUCCUAAUUCAUUUGCCUCAGUUUUCCUAUCAGAUUUGAUACAUACGAAUCACUAAUAAUUAAUCUGAGCUUUAUUCGCGUUGAUAUUCUAACAAAUUAUACCCAACAAUUUUCAAAUACAUAAAAAUACAUAAAAAUAACGACAAAUAAAAAACCCGAUAAAACACUUUACCACGAUUUUUUGAGAGAAAGUUUAAAUGUUUGUGCAUGAGAGUAAUAGUCUAAUUAAGUUCAAAUAGUUAUGUUUUUUUUUAUCAACUAAAGUCGAUUUAUAAUUUUUAUGGACUCUUCUAUGGACAAUUGCCAUUGUUUUUGCCAACAAUUGAAUUAUUUUACGAUUUUAAUUAGAGCAACACUGCAUUCAGCAUGAUAGCAUCGUCUCUCGCCUGUGCAUGUUCGAUAGUGAAAGGAUACGAUAAGAAUCAACUGAUAAUCUAACUAAUUGUAAUACUUUGUUAACGUGACACGAAUCAGUCUUUAAACAUUAAAUGGUGAGAGGAGGUGAAUGAAUUCUCAUCAGAGAGGACCGCUCAUUAAAUACUCUAAAAAAAAAACUGCCUCUCUAACUGACACCCAGAGAUAUUUCAAAUUGACUCACCUUACUCUACCGUUCACCUUCCAAAAUCUACGAUUAAUGAUAAUUCGUAAAAAGCCAUGGCAUAUGCCCGAAUCUUGCCUUAAUCUCCUCCCCAGUGUCUCACUGUGCCACUCGUGUAUGUGUUAGCCAUUUAUCUAGAUAAAAAAAAUGAAAAAUCAGGCAAUAAGAUCGUGACGUUGUUGACGUCGAGGUAAUUACAUUUAAGCGGUUAGUCUACGCUAGAUAUUUUAUAUAUAUAUAUAUAUAGAUUAUAUAUGAAUGAUAUAUAUGUAUGUUUGUAAUAAAUACAACGACAAAGACAAAGAGGAGAAAUUGAUGAUAAAAAUUGAGAGUGAAUGCCAAUACACCUCUGUUUUAACGAUGAAACAAUGAUGAGAAUUAAACUGGCCUUAACAUAUUCGACUAGAAUACGUACACCACGUACACUUGUUAUUUCUGUUGUAUUCUCGGUGGAAUAAAAUACCCGUGCGUGCAUGCGAAAAUUCAUGGAGCGUGAGAGAAUGCGAGAGGAAGUAAAGAAAAAUAAUAAUUUAGGAUUAAUGGAGAAAAAAAUCUAUAGACUAUCGAUAAUGAGUCAAAAGUCACUCGAUCGAGUUGAUGCGAAGUUGUAAAAGAGAUUAGUAAUUUAAAAAAAAAUUAAUGUGAAAA